AUGAAAUUAAAAGAGAUCCAUAGGACCUCCACGUUCGCCUGGUCGCCCUUAACAUCACUUCCUCUUCUUGCUACUGGUACCGUCGCUGGUGCUCUUGACGAAUCAUUCAGUAACGAGAGCCAGCUGGAGAUAUGGGCACCCGAUUUUUCAGAUCAGAACGAGUAUGAUCUGGGAGGAGAAGGGUACAAUGGACCGAGGGGGGCUGUGAGGGAGACUUCUAGAUUUAAUCGAUUGACUUGGGGUUAUGUAGAUUCCAACAGGUCGCAAGGUGUAAUCGCUGCUGGUAUGGAGAACGGCGAGCUCGCGUUCUGGGACGCCUCGAAAAUUUUGGCUGGUGCUUGCGCGACGGAAUCCUUGAUGUUGAGAAACAGUCAACAUACUGGCCCUGUUCGCGCUCUCGACUUCAACCCUAUUCAGACAAGUCUUUUGUCGUCUGGUGGGGUCGGUGGAGAGGUGUACAUUUGGGAUCUCAAGGAUCCUAGCAAGCCCUACACCCCUACUCCGGGCUCACGCUCGACAAAGCUCGACGAAAUCACGUCGGUCGCCUGGAAUCAACAGGUUCAAUAUGUUCUCGCCGGUGCUAGCAGCACCGGAUACACCGUCGUCUGGGAUUUGCGGGGAAAACGAGAAGUUGUCGCGUUAGCUUACGGUGGUGGAACUGGAACUUUGGGAGGUUCUGCGACCGGAAGCGGUAUGGCUGCUGGUGGUAGACGUGGAAUGAGUGCCAUUGCAUGGCACCCCGAUAACGCCACCAGACUUGUCACUGCCUCGGAAGACGACUCUUCACCUAUCAUCAUGGUUUGGGACCUCCGUAACGCUCGUGCUCCAGAAAAGAUCCUCACAGGCCAUGAAAAAGGUGUUCUCUCUCUUUCCUGGUGUAAACAAGACGCCGACCUUCUCCUCUCCUGCGGCAAAGACAACCGCGCCCUCUGUUGGAACCCUCAGACGUCCGAAAUCAUUGGCGAACUUCCCUCGGCUGACAACUGGGCUUUCCAGGUGGAAUGGUGCCCUCGUAACCCUGAUCUCCUCGCUACCGCGUUCUUUGACGGAACCAUCGGUAUCCAUUCCAUCCAGUCCACCAACGAGACUACUACCUCUUCUUCUGCACAAACCCAAGCUGACGGUUCGGACAUCUUCGACGUACCUGGAUUUUCUCGUUCGACUCCAGGUGGCACUCUAUCCCUUAAACAACCCCCAAGAUGGCUUCGUCGAUCCUCUUCCGCUUCGUUUGGAUUUGGUGGGAAGCUCGUUAGCGUUUCGAACCUGCCUUCGGCGCAGGGGAAGAACCAAAGUAGUGUUGUCCACAUCGCAAAGGUGGUUACAGAGGACGAGCUCGUUGAGCGGGCGAAGAAGUUGCAGAAGGCCAUUGAAGGGGAUGAAGACGCCUUGAAGGAGUUUGCGAAAGAUAAGAGUGGAAGUGGAGAUGAGGGAUGGAAGGCUUUGUUGAGCCUUUAUCAGGCGGACUCGCGGGACGAGCUCGUCGGUCUUCUUGGGUUCUCCAAGGCAGAGGUGGCAGCCAGAGUUGCAGAAGCGGUUGAGAGCUUGAAGAAGCGUGCCGAGGAGACUACUGUUACGACUGAGACUCAGAGAGAGCAGGAUCUUGUUGACAUGCGGCUUCCUGUUGUUUCGUUUGCGGAGCCGGAGAAGGAAGUUGGGGAUUCUCCUGUUGCUGAAGAAGGAGAAGAGGAAAUGGAUGACGCAGAGGCAACGCCAGAAGCCGAUACCCUCAGCUUAGAGAAGACGCCAUCAGAAGCUAGUGCAGGAGCUACUUCAGAUGCUACAAGCGCUGCCAAUCGUCUCGCCGACACCGAAUCCAAUACGACCGUCCCUUCCCUAUUCGGUGACGACAAUCCUCCAGGACAACUCGACGCCCAUGAUGACUUCUUCAAUACCAUUUCUUCCUCAGCGGAUACCACCAUCGGCAGUGCUGGUCGUGUUCUCGUGCCUCAUCACAACUACGGUUUAGAUUCCUCCGUCGCCGCUACGAUCGGUUCAAGACCUUCAUCCGCCGACUCAGAUACGCUGAAGAGCAACACUUUCCGAAUCUACCCAUCGGAUGAGUCUGAAGCCGAACGCCUCGUCACCAAGGCUCUCGUUCUCGGAGACAUUACUUCUGCCGUUGAGCUCUGCCUUUCCUCCGACCGUUUUGCAGACGCUCUUCUCCUCGCCGUUCGUGGUGGCCCUGAGCUCCUUCAGAAGACUCAACAAGCUUACUUCGAACGCCAAACGAUUUUCUCCCCGUAUCUCAGGCUCUUUCAGAGCAUCGUUACGAACGAUUUAGCCGAUAUUGUACAAAACGCUGACCUAGCAGAGUGGCAAGAAAUCUUUGUCGUUCUCUGUACGUUCGCCUCCAAGGAAGAGUUCGGGAGUUUAGCAGAGCAGUUGGGAAGGAGACUCGAGUUCCAGUAUACCAUCGCUCGUGGGUCUGACGGGAACCAUCGAGAGGAGCAGCCGCCGGAGAAGGAGUGGAGCGAGUAUAGGAAGAACGCUACCCUCACCUAUCUCGCUUCUUCUAGGCUGGAGAGGUUGGUGAAUAUUUGGGUUGAGGAGAUGGCAGAGGAAGAAACUAGGCUUUUGAGUGAUGGGUUGGCAAGCUCCAGGUAUGCUGCGCAUGCGAAUGCGCUGCAGACAUUUAUUGAGAAGGUUACGGUUUUCCGGUCAGCGACGAAGUAUGCUGAUGAGGAUCUUGCGUUGGCAACGAGUUCUUCGACCGAAACGGCAGAUGUGAAGACGUACAAGCUUUCAGCGUUGUAUGAUCGGUAUUUCGAGUAUGCUAGCGCACUAGCUAGCCAGGGUUUGGUGAAAGAAGCGGUUGGGUUCCUCAAGUUGACGCCGGGGGAUUAUAAAGGGUCGGGAUCCGUUGGUGGUGGAGAGGAUUUGAAUCUGGAGAAGGAUAGGCUGUUGGUUGUAACUGGAACGAAAGAAGGCGUCGCAGCUGCGCCUGCGUCUGCUGUGGCGAGCACUUCUCGCGCUGCGUAUCAAGGAUAUACCCAGCCUGCUAUUCAACCGCACGCGGGUCCGUAUGUCAGCUAUAAUGCUGGUGUUGCCGGUGCUGGCGGUAAUGCCGCUCCGGGUCCCUAUGGUCCUUCGAGCACUGCUGCUUCCGGUGCUUAUGCUGCCCCCACCACCACCACUGCUUCUGGUGCUUAUGCUCCUCCAGCUGGUGCCACUGGACAGCACCCACCUGCGCCUGUCUCUUCUGCAUACGCUCCACCGGCAUCAAUGACCACCGGUCCUUACAACGCAUACUCUUCUCCCCAGUCGCUCACUCAGCCUCCGCAUAUGCGUGUUCAACAACCUACCGUGAUGCAGCCGCCACCUCGAGCUCCAGGAGCAAGUCUUCCCUCCAAACGAACGGAAAAUGGUGGAUGGAAUGACGCUCCUGUGGUUUCCUCUCGUACUCGCACGCCCAAUCAAGGAAACAGUCCUGCGAAUAAGCCUGCUGCGAUCGUCUCGCCGUUUCCGAACGCUCAACCUUCCCCUACCGCAUCGACGAAUUCACUUCCUGGACAACCUCCUGCCAACCUACCACCACCGCCUCGACCUGGAAGCCGUUCUGGUCCACCACCUCGAGGAAUGGGAGGCAAUUCACCUCGACCUGGUCAACAGAUGUUUUCUGCACCUCCACCCGUUCGGCCUCCUUCCGGGGCACCAGGACAGCAUAACGUGGUUCCUCCACCUGCUAGGAUGAUGUCUCCUCCCCAAGGUCUUCAACGCCCUUCCCCCGCUCAGAGUGGACCGUUUGGGUCUCUGCCUGGCUCUCGUGGACCGGUAUUUCCUGGACAGACACCUCCACCUCCUGUAGGACAAUUCAGUCGACCACCGCUUCCUGGGCAGCCUUCACAAGCUCCACCACAACCUUCUGGACCUUCUGGUGCUCGCGCAACGCCUCCUCCAGGGCCUUACGCACCUCCGCCUGGUCUUGGUCAGAUGCAAUCGCCACCACAGCCUCAUAUGCAACCCUCGCCUGUAGGCCCGUAUGCGCCUCCACCUGGAAGUAAUCCUCAAGGACCACGCCCACCGCCUCAAGCUGGUGGACCUCCUGCUGGAAUGACUGCACCACCACCUCCACCCGGCGGUGCUCCUGCUCCACCACUCCGGGCGCAACAGGCGGGCCCAACCCCUCCCAAGUAUCCUGCUGGAGACAGAAGCCAUAUCCCUGACCAUGCUCGUCCUAUUUUCACCGUGAUGUCUGGCCUGUUGGGGAGGUUAAGGCAGACGCAGCCAUCGCAAAAACGGCUCGUUGAAGAUCUCGAGCGUCGUAUGAACCCGCUCUUUGAUGCGUUGAAUUGUGAUACGCUUUCACAACCGAUGGUUGACCAGUUGUUGGUUUUGGUCCAAGCUAUGGCAAAUAACGAUAAAAGUGCGGCGUUGGCUAUCCACGUUGAGAUCUUGACCAGUCAAUCUCAAACGAACGAUAUUGGAAUGUGGAUGUCGGGGGUCAAACAGUUAAUUAUGCGGCUCUAG